UGCUUUAAAUAUAGAACCAAUACACAAAACAAAACCCAUUGUUGUGUUUAUUAAAUUAAUAACUACCUUAAAUUUGAAAAAAAGUAACCAGGGUGUAUAAUCAGACUAACGUGAGCCGCGGCACGAACCUCCCUGUCCCGGAAUGUUGGUACAUCUGUUUCGAUCUGACUCUGACGAACCUCUUUGCAGGAACUGGAACACGUAUUGAAUCUCAUCUCACCGCUGCUUCCAAACGGCCUAGCUAGCCGCUUCUACUUCGCCAAUGAUGAUGCUUCCGGUGAACAGAACCAGCGCUCUUCUUCUAACCAUCCUUACCCAAAUCAAAGCGCUGCACCAUACACAACAAGUUCACGCCAAGGUCAUACUCCACGGACUCCAAGAAGAAGUCCUUCUCGGAUCCAGCCUCACCAACUCUUACAUCCAAUCCAAUCGUCUCGAUCUCGCCGCCGCUUCCUUCCAUCGAAUCCCUCCCCGGAAGAGAAACCGCUACUCCUGGAACACGAUCCUCUCCGGUCACUCCAAAUCCAAGAACCACCGCGAAAGCUUACGUCUUUACAAUCUCAUGAGGAAGGAUUGUAACGUCGACAGUUUCAACUUGGUGUUCGCGAUCAAAGCUUGCGUCGGUUUAGGGUUUUUAGAGAACGGGGUUCUGGUUCACGGAUUGGCGGUGAAGAAUGGGUUGGAUAAGGACGGUUACGUGGCUCCCUCUUUGGUCGAAAUGUACGGAGAGUUUGGUCGCGUGGAAGAUGCGCGGAAGGUGUUCGACGAAAUUACUCUGAAAAGCUCGGUGCUUUGGGGAGUUUUGAUGAAAGGGUAUUUGAGAUACUCGAGUGACUCUGAAGUGUUUCGUUUGUUUUAUCUCAUGAGAGAGGGAGGUUUGGGGAUCGAUAACGCGCUUACGUUGAUAUGUUUGGUGAAGGCUUGUGGGAACGUCUUUGCCGGUAGAGAAGGCAAGUCGGUGCACGGUUUAUCCAUCAGAAGGGGGUUUAUAGAUCAGAGUGGCUAUCUACAAGCCUCUGUUGUAGAUAUGUAUGUGAAAUGCAGGUUGUUGGACGAUGCUAGAGAGCUGUUUCAAAAAAGUGUUGAUAAGAAUGUGGUGAUGUGGACAACGCUGGUUUCUGGAUUUGCUAAAUGCGAGAGAGCUGUUGAAGCGUUUGAUCUGUUCAGGGAGAUGAUGCUGGGAGAAAGGGUUCUUCCGAAUCAAUGUACUUUAGCGGCGGUUCUUGUUGCUUGCUCGAGCUUGGGGUCUCAGAGGCACGGGAAGAGUGUUCAUGGGCACAUGAUAAGGAAUGGGAUUGAGAUGGAUGCUGUGAAUUAUACGUCUUUCAUCGACAUGUACGCUAGAUGCGGGAACGUUCAAAUGGCUAGGAAGGUUUUCGAUAUGAUGCCAGAGAGGAAUGUGAUAUCUUGGAGCUCUAUGGUCAAUGCUUUUGGGAUAAACGGUAAGUUCGAGGAAGCGCUGGGUUGUUUUGGUAAAAUGAAGUCGCAGAACCUAACUCCAAACUCUGUGACAUUUGUCUCGCUUUUGUCGGCCUGUAGCCAUUCGGGAAACAUCGAAGAAGGACGGAAGCAGUUUGUGUCGAUGACAAGAGACUACGGGAUUGCACCAGAGGAAGAGCAUUACGCGUGUAUGGUAGAUUUGCUAGGUCGAGGUGGUGAAAUUGGGGAAGCUAAGUCUUUUAUUGAUAACAUGCCUGUGGAACCAAUGGCUAGUGCUUGGGGAGCUCUUCUGAAUGCUUGUAGAAUCCAUAAAAAAGUUGAGUUAGCAGAAGAAAUAGCAGAGAAGCUCUUAUCCAUGGGAUCCAACGAAUCAAGCGUCUACGUCUUGCUUUCUAACAUAUAUGCUGACGCUGGGAUGUGGGAGAUGGUGAAUAGCGUGAGACGCAAAAUGGGCAUCAAAGGAUAUAGGAAACCCAUGGGACUAUCUGCUAUUGAAGUCUGCUAGAAACAUUCAGCUAUUGGACUUCUUUGUGCAACAGAGGCUUCGCGCUGUAAUCAAUGAGCUUGAGUCUCUUAAACCGGAGUUCGACAGGCGAGUGGAUGAGCUCAACAGAGCCGAUGAUGAACCGUAUAGUGUUGUUGGAAGUGGUUUCCCGGGUAUAUCGUAUAGUUCAGAUGCUGUUGAGUGGCCUCCUGUCAACAGAGCUUCAUACUUUAGACCUGGUGAUAUUAACAAGCCGGCCUUACGGACAACGUCUCAAACAUCCGGGUUGUAUAACAGUAAGCCGA